AUGCUUGACCUCUCUUCUAAUGCAUUCAUCGGUAAGUUGUCGGUGGAAUUCUCUUGGUCUUGGAAUGCCAUGAAAUCCAAGAUGCGGAACUUUACAUACAUGGGCAGAGAUCUAUCUCCGCCACAAUACAUUACGUUCGGCUACUAUGACUAUUACGAUUUUUCCAUGACAGUGAUUUACAAAGGGCUUAAACAGUAUUACCCAAAGAUACUAGAAGCCUUCACGUGCAUUGACCUCUCUAGCAAUUUGUUCAAAGGAGAGAUCCCGAGUGCCAUAGGUGAUCUCAGAGGAUUGCAAGGGCUGAACUUUUCCAACAAUCUCCUCACUGGUCACAUCGCAUCAUCGUUAGGGAAUCUCACAACGCUUGAGUCACUGGACCUUUCUCGAAACAAACUCUCGGGGCAAAUCCCCCAGAAGCUAAUAGAACUCGGGUUCCUUUCUUUCCUGAAUGUGUCUUACAACAAUCUGAUCAGGUCUGUGCCUAGAGGGAAACGGUUUGAUACGUUUUCGAACGAUUCUUUUGAAGGAAACUCAAGAUUGUGUGGGGAAUUCAUAUCCACGAAAUGUCGAGAAUUCGGUAGAUAA